AUGGCUGAAGAAGAUGCUGAGAUGGCCUUUUUUCAGGCUCAAGCAAUGAAUACAGAUUCUGUUGACUAUAAGGCUGGUGAGGAGCAUGGUGCAGAUAGUUCAGAUUCAGAUGAUUAUGAUCCUUCAAAAACACUCCAAGAUCAAGAUUUUUCCUCUUUGACAGAAUCAAAGCAAAGUGAAAAUGUUCCUUCCAAUGCUUCUCCAGAUCCCCAGCCCUCUGAACAGAGUUCUGCUGCACCAGACAAUGAGCCUGACCAGCCUGCUGGUACUUCCUUCCCUUCAGAAACACCUUCACGAGCUGAGUCUCGGAAUUCCACAUCGGUGCCUACAUCAGGUACUGCUGUGCAGCCGAAGACCAGAACAAUAGGGGGAUUUGUGGUUGAGGACGAGGACGAGGAAGAGGAAGAGGAUGAUGCGGGUGAUGCAGAUUAUGAGCCACCGGCUGUACUUGGCGUUGAGGAGAUGAAUGCUGUUUCUACGAGUGUGCCUCAGCAGUCCGUCUCAGGAAAUGAAAAUGAAGCUUCUUCUACCCCUGAUGUAUCAUUGGAUGACGCUGUGCAGCAACCUGCCAGCUUGAACAAUGCCCCCCAUAACUCCUACUCUCCCCCUGCUGCUGCUGCCGCUCCCCAAAGUGACGUGGUCAUUGCUCCUGGACAGAAUAUGUACAACUCACAAGCUUUACAGUCUGAGACUGCGCAGGAUAGCGCAGCGGCUACCCCUGCGCCAGGAUCACACUCGACCUCCAAGGGCCGCUUGCCCCACGACCGGGUCGGGAUACUGGAAGACCGAAUUCAGGAAGAUCCUCGCGGUGAUAUUCCAGCCUGGCUGGAGUUGAUCAAUGAGCACAGAAAUCGCAACAGGAUUGACGGUGCUCGCGACGUUUUCGAACGGUUUCUGAAAGUCUUUCCCUUCUCCGCCGAAGAAUGGGUUGCUUACGCGAAGAUGGAAUCGGAGAUCAAUGACCUGUAUCGGCUUGAGCAAAUAUUCAAUCGCACCCUUCUCACCAUUCCCGAUGUCCAGCUAUGGUCAGUGUACUUGGACUACGUUCGUCGGCGUAACCCCCUGACAACGGACACUACUGGACAAGCAAGGAGAAUCAUCUCGUCCGCAUAUGAUCUGGCGCUCCAGCACGUGGGUGUUGAUAAGGAUUCGGGGUCGAUUUGGACCGAUUACGUCCAGUUCGUCAAGACAGGCCCAGGUAAUGUUGGCGGCUCUGGUUGGCAGGACCAGCAGAAGAUGGAUCUUCUGCGAAAGGCUUAUCAAAAAGCCAUCUGUGUCCCUACCCAGGCCGUUAAUACUUUAUGGAAAGAAUACGACCAGUUCGAGAUGGGUCUGAACAAACUCACGGGCCGGAAAUUUCUGCAAGAGCAGUCGCCAGCGUAUAUGACCGCUCGUAGCUCUUAUACUGAACUGCAAAAUAUUACAAGAGAUCUCAACCGCACUACGCUGCCGAGGUUGCCUCCUGUGCCGGGUUCCGAAGGUGAUAUUGAAUACACGCAGCAAGUCGACAUCUGGAAACGCUGGAUCAAGUGGGAAAGGGGAGACCCACUGGUGCUGAAAGAAGAAGACCCGGCCGCUUUCAAGAGCCGCGUGGUCUAUGUCUAUAAACAAGCCCUCAUGGCAUUGAGAUUCUUGCCCGAGAUGUGGUACGAUGCGGCCGAGUUUUGCUUCUUGAAUGAUAUGGAGAAUGAAGGGAACGAGUUCUUGAAACAGGGGAUGGAAGCGAAUCCCGAAAGCUGUCUGCUUGCCUUUAAGCGUGCUGACAGACUGGAAAUAACAUCAGAGUCCGAGCAAGAUUCCAUCAAACGAGGUGCUAAGGUUCGAGAACCUUACGACAAGCUCCUCGAUGCGCUUUACGACUUGAUCGCCAAGGCACGCACCAGGGAGUCCCAAGACGUCGCGCGUCUUGAGGAAACAUUCGCGAAUAUGAAUGAUGAGAAGCCAUCGGCCAAGACCGAGGACGACGAGGACGACCAAAGCGAGGCGAAGGCAAGAGAAUCUGUCAAGAAUGCGCAAAUCGAUGCAGUUCGGAAAGCACACGCCAUACAAAUUGGCAUACUCUCGAAGACAAUCUCUUUUGCCUGGAUCGCGCUAAUGCGGGCCAUGCGCCGCAUCCAGGGUAAGGGUAAGCCCGGAGAGACUCCGGGCUCAAGACAAAUAUUUGCGGAUGCGCGGAAGAGAGGCCGCAUCACGAGCGAUGUCUACAUUGCUAGUGCCCUCAUCGAGUACCAUUGCUACAAGGAUCCAGCAGCCACGAAGAUCUUUGAGCGUGGUGCCAAGCUAUUUCCAGAGGAUGAAAAUAUCGCACUUGAGUACUUGAAACAUUUGAUAGAUAUCAAUGAUGUGAUUAACGCAAGAGCCGUCUUCGAGAUGACGGUGCGAAAGCUGGCAUCGAAUCCCGAAAACGCCCAUAAGACUAAGCCAAUCUUCGCUUUCCUCCAUGAAUACGAAUCGCGAUACGGUGAUUUGGUCCAGGUGGUCAAUCUUGAGAAUCGAAUGCGUGAGCUGUUCCCGGAGGAUCCUGCCCUGGAACAAUUCGCACACCGAUACUCAACUCCCGCAUUCGAUCCCACCACUGUGCGACCCAUCAUUUCGCCGUCUCAAGCGCGGCCGAAAAUGGCAUUUCCUACAACUGAACAGCCCGUUUCUCGUCAUGGAACCCCCACCCCGAGAUAUCCAGGUUCUGUCACAGACUCGCCGAAGCGACCCUUAGAGGACUUCGACGACGAUUAUAGUCGGCCUCGCAAGUUCGUGCGAGCGGAAUCACCCCUGAAGACUACCCAGCGGCGCCAGUUGGAUCAGCAGAAGCGGUCUCAACUCGGAAGUGCUCAAGCUUCAUCCCAGUAUAGGCCUCAGGGUUCACCGGCUCCGUUACCUCGCGAUAUCGUACAUCUUCUCAGCAUUAUCCCCCCGGCUUCUGCAUACACUGCCGGGAAAUUCUCUCCCGAGAAGCUAGUUGAUUUGAUUCGAAGGAUAGAUAUGCCAAGUUCCAUCUCCCAGAUUCCUCUCCCACAAUCCGCUCGGGGACUUGGAAACUUUUCCGGUAAGUCAUGGUCCCUCCUAAUAAACCUGGCCUCUAUACAGGUGGCUAAUCUUCUUCCUUGUAGGCAUGUACCGGUCGUGAUCUCGACCAUGAAUGUCACAACUCCGAGCCGGAAAUGCCUCGGAUACGUCUAA